AUGACAUUGAAUUAUCUUGUUCAGAACAACCGUUACUUCAUCCUGCAUCCUGUUGCUGUAGAGGAGGCGUACCCUGAACCUCAUAGAAUCCUGAUAUUUCACAAUGUGUUGACCCUCGCAGAGACGGAUCUGCUGGCUCAGGUCGCUAAACCACUCAUGGCAGUUUCACAAAUAGGAGCGAGCAAAGAAAUCUCUGAAAACCGAAUCAGCAGAACGGCAUUUAUACCUGACAACCAGUAUGAAAUAGUAGACAGAAUAAAUAGAAGAAUAAACCUGUUAACUGGUUUAUCUGGCUCUGUGGUUUUGGAUCCUGAAGGAAAAAAAGAAGAGUUUGAAUACCUUCAGAUUGCUAGCUACGGGACUGGUGGGCACUUUUAUUUGCAUCACGACCCCAUGUUUGUUUAUAAGGAUUCAAAUUUCGUUUCUAAAUCUGUAGAGAGGGUUACGAAACCAUAUAAUACAGGUGACCGGAUGACCACCUUGAUGUUCUACCUGACCGAGGUCAAGCAGGGGGGAUACACCGCCUUUCCCCGCCUAGGGGUCUCUGUCAGGUAUGUUGUAUUUUCACAGGCGCAAUUCGGGUGUUGUUGUGUCAUGCAAGACUAUUUCAUCGCAGGCUUUGUUUAGAAUUAGAUAUGUUUAACCUUUUUCCCCUGUUUUCCC